AUGAGAAACCAUACAGUGAUUACAGAAUUUGUUCUCUUAGGCAUCUCAGAUGACCCAAAGCUUCAGAUUAUAAUUUUUAUCUUUCUGUUUAUGGCUUAUGUAUUAAGUGUCACCGGAAACCUAACCAUCAUCAUCCUCACCUUAACAGACUUUCAUCUCAAGACUCCUAUGUAUUACUUCUUGAGGAAUUUCUCCUUCUUAGAAAUUACAUUCACCAGUGUGUCUAUCCCCAGAUUUUUGGGGACAAUCAUUACUAAAGUCAAGACCAUUUCCUAUAACGAUUGUUUAGCUCAGCUAUUUUUCUUCAUCUUCAUGGGUGUGUCUGAGUUUUUUCUUCUCACUGCCAUGUCUUUUGAUCGCUACGUUGCCAUCUGCAGGCCUCUUCACUACACCACCAUCAUGAACAAGAAAAUCUGCACCCUACUGGUCUUUGGGUCAUGGCUGGGGGGAUUCCUUACCAUUUUCCCACCACUCAUGCUCAUCCUCCAGCUAGAUUUCUGUGCUGCCAAUGUAAUCGAUCAUUUCUCCUGUGACUAUUUCCCCAUUUUACAACUCUCGUGCUCAGAUACAUGGCUUUUAGAGAUGAUUGGCUUUUACUUUGCUUUUGUUACUCUGCUCUUCACAUUGGCAUUCGUGAUUCUUUCCUACAUGUGCAUUCUUAGCACCAUUCUGAGAAUCCCGUCUGCUACUCAGAGGAAAAAGGCUUUCUCCACAUGUUCCUCUCACUUGAUUGUCAUUUCCAUCUCUUAUGGGAGCUGUAUAUUCAUGUAUGUCAAGCCUUCAGCAAAAGAAAGAGCAUCACUGACCAAAGGGGUAGCUAUUCUCAACACCUCAAUUGCCCCCAUGUUGAACCCUUUUAUUUAUACCCUGAGGAACCAGCAAGUAAAACAAGCUUUCCAAAACUUGCUUCAUAAAGUAGUGUUUUCUAGAAACAAAUGA